UAUCAUACUGCACCAAAUGACAUAACUGACUUUUCAUUUAACUUUUUACAAUAAUAAAAAAUUAAUAAAACAAUUGGAAAAAAAACUAAAAAAUUAUCAAUAAAAUUCAUGGUGUAAUUAUUGCAAAUUUGGGUAUUCUAAAUUCUUAACUAAAGUGCUAAAUCAUACUUUCGGAUGGCUUUAAGAGUCGGUUUACGUCUGCAUAAAAAUUGCUCUAAACUUGUUGCCGGUGGCAGUUCUCCAUUACAGUUCAUACGAUUGAAGUGUUCAAGUGGAAUUAAUACUCCGAAAAUGCGUUUUGUACAAUUCUUGCGUAAAAAUGAUAACCGUAGACGGCUUGGAGUAGUAUCUGAGGAUGGUACUAAGCUCGUGGAAUUAUCUGGUGGACCUUGCAUUUCCCACGAUAUGGUUUCAUUUAUAUCUCAAGGUAUGUCAAUGGAAGAGGUGCAACGCAAGUUGGAGAAUCUACCAAGUGAGGACAUGACCGAUUCCCACACUCUGUUACCGCCUGUGGUGAAUCCACAAAAGAUCAUUUGUAUAGGAUUGAAUUAUAAGGAUCAUUGUGAAGAACAAAACAAGCCCGCUCCCACAGAGCCCAUGUUUUUCAGCAAAUUCAACACUGCUUUGACAGGGCCAAAUGGCGAUGUUAUUGCGCAUAAAAUCAGUACGAAAAUCGAUUGGGAAGUUGAAUUAGCUGUUGUCAUUGGAAAGGAAGCCAGAAAGGUGUCAAAGGAAAAUGCCAUGGACUAUGUAUUUGGUUACACUAUUGCUCAGGAUAUUUCAGCUAGAGAUUGGCAAAAGUCUCGUAAUGGAGGUCAAUUUUUGAUUGGAAAAUCAAUGGAUACUUUUCUGCCAUUGGGACCGGCAAUCGUCCAUAAAAGCCUAAUCAAAGACGUAUAUGACCUUAAUAUCCGCACUGUUAUCAAUGGUGUCGAAAAGCAAAACCACUUCACUGGAGAUAUGAUUUUCAAAAUUGAUGACGUUAUACAUAGACUAUCGCAGUCUAUCACACUCAAGCCGGGUGAUCUUAUUCUAACUGGUACACCAAAGGGUGUUGGUAUGUACCGCAACCCACCAGAGUAUUUGAAACCUGGUGAUGUUAUCGAAACCGAAAUACAAUGUCUAGGUAAGAUGGUGAACAAGGUAGUCGCUGACUCUUAAAGCGAUAAGUUGCAAAGAGUGUUUCGAAAAUAAGUGUAAAAUGGUUCCGCAUUUAAGAAGUAACUUUUGUGAUUUGUUAAAUUUUUGUUUAAUUUGGAAAUUAUUGAAACUGUAAACUAUUAAGCUGUAAAAAUAAAGAAAAGCAUUUAUAAUUGAAACAAA